AUGUCGAAGCUCUCGUUUAGGGCGAGGGCCCUGGAUGCGUCGAAACCAAUGCCGAUAUAUCUCGCCGAGGAGCUUCCGGAUUUACCGGACUACUCGGCGAUUAACCGUGCAGUACCUCAAAUGCCUUCUGGUAUGGAAAAAGAGGAAGAAAGUGUGAGUAUUACACGCAUUAAGGCUGUUCAGGCAUACUCUACUAUGUCCGCCAUCAUGUUUCGGUUUCGUGACUUCACCACUAGAGGCGUAUUUAACAUCAAUUAG